GGCCCCCUGCCGCAGCAGGCGGUCACCCUCCGAGCCAGCCUGGUGGACGAGAGCGGGGAGCUUUUCCAAGCCCACGCUCGCUACAGAGCUGGGAGCAGCGGAGAGCUCGACCUCAGCCGCUCCCCAGCGCUGGGGGGCAGCUAUUCGGGAGUGGAGCCGAUGGGGCUGCUGUGGUCUCUGCAGUCUAAAGCGCCCUAUAAGCGGCUGGCAAAGAGGAACGUCCUGACCCCUUUCUGUGUGGACUUUGAAGUGUAUGAGGGCCACGGGGACAUGAGCCGCUUGCUGGGAAAAUGCGCCAAUGAACGAUGGUUUUUAGGAGAGGGGGUGAAGAGGAUUUCGGUCAGAGAAGGUCGUCUGAAAGCAACCCUCUUCCUCCCUCCUGGAUCUGGUCCAUUCCCUGGACUUAUCGAUUUGUAUGGAUCUGGAGGAGGUCUUGUUGAAUACAGAGCAAGUCUUCUGGCUAGCAGAGGCUUCAUGACUUUGGCUCUUGCUUACAUGGCCUUUGAAGAUCUCCCUGCUAUGCCAGAGAUUCUUGAACUGAGCUACUUUGAGGAAGCUGUAAACUUUUUGCGGAAGCAACCGCAGGUGAAAGAUACUGGGAUUGGCGUUUUGGGCUUGUCUAAAGGAGCUGAUCUAGCCCUUUCCAUGGCCACAUUUCUACCUGGCAUCAAGGCAGCUGUCAGCAUAUCUGGAAUUGGUUUUAAUUCUUUCAUUCCCCUGCGGGGGGAUGGCUUCACUCUUCCUCCCCACCCAUAUGAUUUGGGGAGGAUGAAGACCAGUGAUGAGUCUGGCAUCGUAGAUGUUUCAGAUGUCCUAGAUGAUCACAGGGACCCAGCAACUUGGGAUUGUCGCAUUCCAAUGGAGAGGUCCUUGGCUAAGUUCCUCUUCCUGUCGGGACUGGAUGACAUGAACUGGAAAAGUGACCUCUGUUGCCGGGAUGCUGUUCAACGCCUUCAGCAGUAUGGACGGGAAGUGGAGUUUUGCUCCUAUUCUGGAGCAGGACACCUUUUGGAGCCACCAUACUUACCUCUGUGCCAGGCUUCAGUCCACAAAGUGCUUGGGAUAUUUGUGCAUUGGGGAGGGCAAAGGAGGGAGCAUGCCAAAGCCCAAGAAGAUGCAUGGCGCAGGAUACAGGCUUUUUUCUGGCAACACUUGAUGUACUCAGACAUCCCUAAGAGCAAGCUGUAGUGGAAGCUGUCAAAGAUGCUGACCAGGGUUGGUGUUUCAGCUCUCACUGAAUCUUGGAAACUCAUUGAAAGUUUUCUGGCCUGCCUUCCUCUAAACUCCGCUGUUGCAUAGUUGUUUAUUUUCAUUCCCCAAAUAAUUUUCCAUUUUUUAAUUGAAUUUUAGUUGUCUUCUGAUCCCAGCUGCACUGUAGUCACCAUCUGAUCUGCCUGUGUGCUGUAGUCGUUUGAGAAAAACCCAGCAUCCUGUCAUGCGGAUUGCAUUUGUACUGAGCUAUCUUUGCCCUCCAUAUCCAACCAUCUCCUUUGGUAGCAGGGAAUACUCUCAUAGGAGGAGUUUUCCAUUGAAUUGUUUAGUCUUGCACCUUUAACUAACCUAGAUGUAAACAGCACUUUCUUGGGGCAACACAUUAGUACACUCACCUUUCCUCUUGGUAUAUCAUUUUCUCACAUUUCUUAGUAAAAAGAUUGCGGCAGUUCUCAUCUCAACUAAGAGGCACUCUUCUGACUUAUUCUGAAGUGCAGUGAUAACAUUUUUUUUCUGGUAUGUCAAAAAACGGAAGAAGUGAAUCUUACCUAGGUUACACUGGUUGUAUCUCCUGCUGACUCCAGAUAAGUUACGUAUCAGGGUAAAGUUUCCACUGCGCUACUCAAUAAAUACAAUGUGUAUGUGUGUAUGCACAGUUUACUUGAAAUUAUCUGAAUGAAGCCUUUGACUGUCUUUAUGCUUAUAAAUACACGGGCAGCAAUCCUGGUGUAGUCACAAGCUGUCGCUUCGCCUGGCUGAAGAGUAUAUAUACAGAAGUCCUUACCUCCUAUUGGUAAGAGGAGUGGAGUCUGCAGUAGGGAUCUGCACAGUGCUCAAGAUGGGGGUGAUACAGAUGUGCUAAGUACCUGCUUUUGAAUGUUGAAAGUCAGUUUAUCCCCGUUUUGGGGAGGAAGAAUAAAGUCACUGCUGCUGCUGAGUUCCCAGGAGCCCUGUGGAAUGGGCUGUCUCACUGGUCUUGCCCCUAUAGCAGACAGCUGUGGGCUCAGUGACAGCUAGGAAAUGCCACUCUUCAGAGAGAACUGACCUUGCCUUCUGGGGAGAAUGUGCAUUAUCUCACCCUUUAAUGAGGUGCAAGCCUGCCAAGGACAGCUGUUAUCUACCUCGUGCAUUUGUGGGAUAGUGGCAAACAGCAACUUGCUGGC